GUCACAAGAGUGUCAGUUGGAGCUCUCACCUGUUGAUUGUUAAUCAGUGAGAAGACGCUUUUUACGCUUCGUGAAAAGUGUCUUUUUUGCAGAUGUUUCCGUCGUGUGGUCUGUUUGCUAAUAUAAAUUGUCCUUCUACAAAACGUGGUCGCUGUGAGCGGCCUCACUGUUUCUACAAACAUGGCAUUGAGCUGCAGUAUAAGCUCGGGGCAUCGUUUAAAUCACCGGUGUUUGACUCUGCAGGGGUCCAAAAAGACAAUCCAUAUGAUGUCCGUGGAGCACCAGUGAAUGACGUCACCGCAGAUGAUUGCCUCCAGCAGCUGGAGAGGCUCAACAAGGAGAUUGAAACGGUUAGGCAUGAGGUAGAGCAGGAGCGGAGGCGAUUGUCUCACUACCAGACUGUACAGGUGGACAACCGAAACACUGAGCCAAGUUUUUCUACCUCUAAGUCCGAGACGGCACGUAAAAACGUAGACAGGAAUUCUUAUGGUUUGUCUUCAUUUACAGAGUCAAAGAAAAAGAACUCCAGAGCAAGAAAGUACGUGGUUGACAACUCUAAACCAAGGACGGAUUUAGAGUAUGAUCCUCUGUCAAACUUUUCUGCUGACUUGCGGUCUUACAGCACGUCAGGCAAAGAGCAAAAAGUGAGGGAUGAGCAAGGUUUGAAAAGAGCAAGAAAUGCCAUUUGUUGCAACCAAAAGCUAACAAAAGACUAUCAGGCUCCCCUUUCUCGAUCCCCAUCUCCAGAUCCACUUGGCGACUCUUAUGAAGACAGUGAGCUGGUUAUCGACAUUUCUCUCUCACCUGAAAGAAAGAGCCGGAAAGUCAAGGAAUUUGUUGAGUUUGUUUCUGACAAAUCCCCGACCCAGGAAAGAAUAACUGAAUCUAAUGAGUCCGUGAUUUUUCUGGAUUCUCUGCCAUUACAAGUUUCAAAAACUCUUGCUGUCAGUGCUACACCCCUACCUGCACCAAAGCUUCAAGAAAAUGUACUUCAUAGCAAUUGCAGGGCUGAAAAAAGUCAAAAGUCUGAAGUGUAUGAGAAUGAAGACUGUGAAAUUGUACUGGUUAAAGGAAGUGUUAACAUUACUGGAUGUUUAGAAGACCUGGGAAGAGAGAGUCAGAAAGUGACUCAUUUUCAGGCUGCUGAAACACUAGAUGAAAAAAGUCCUGAACCUACAAGUCCUCCUACAGCCAGAGACCUGCAAGAUCAAAACCUGAGCAAUCUGGUGGUGAAGAAACGACCCCAGUGUGAGCUGUCCUGUAGUGUGAAGAAAAUGAAUCCACUGCAGCCUUAUGAUUAUCUGCCAAAGAAUUCACUGUUUUAUAAAACUCCAGAGGUCUUACUUAACAGGCAACAUGCCAACCAAACCCAGGCUCAGAACAGAGUUCAUGAUCAGCAGUCUAACACAAACUGUUCACCUUCACUGCUGCCACAAGGACAGAAAACAUCAGACCGAAUGAUCGGACAGGCUCAUCAUCAUCCUCCUGAAAGAUACCUGGAGCCAGAAGAAAUGGCUUCAUACAGCAACCAAGCUGGUGCCCAGCGCAAUUCCUCAGCAUCAAGUUUGACAAACCAAGCUGAAUCAUCAAUAUCCUCCGAGUGUCUCUCUGUAAAAGCAGAUGCUAAAGAGGUUAUUAUCAUCGAGUCAAGCUCUGAUGAGGAGGCGGAUGAGUUCAACUUCUCAGAAAUAGAGCUGUCUGACAGUGACCCAAUGGAGGAAUGCUACAGGAUCUUCAUGGAGGCAGAGGUUAAAGCAAGUGAACAGCAGCCUGAUGUUCCUGUUGGAGUCGAAGAGGAGGAGAGGCCAGAACUGAAUGUUACACCGCAACCACAGGCAGGAAGGAAGAGAGUAGCUCAUGAAGUGAAAAAUACAGAGCAGCCGGUUGCUAAAAGCAGACCUCAGCCAAAGGUGCUGGUUCCCUGGCGUGGGCCUGCAGUGACGGGAUUUCCACCCCAGCCCUCCAUCACAGCCAAUAUCCAGCAGGUACAGCAGAGGGCCUCCAUUCUUACGGCCUCAGUUAAAGGUGGUCAGGAUUUUGCUCUCUCCACAUGUCAGAGGAAGCAAGAAACCCAGAGUGCACCCUCUUCUUCAAUUCAGAACCCUGAAAACCUGCAGCUUGCUCCCCUGCAAAAUGCUUACAUUAAGUACAUACCUUUGGAAACAGCUGUGAUAAAUGUGGGCAACAACCUGCACUUGAUCCUACCCCAGGGCACCGUCACUCUGCCUGUGACUUCAAGCUCCAGCCAAGUCAGUUCUGUGCUAACUCCUGUGACCCGAGUGCAUCCAAACCAUGUCACUGUGAGACAAGCCUACAAUCCAGUUUUACUCACUCCUGUGCAAAGAUACCGCUCAACAGCACCGAUGAUCAUCCCUGCGCAGGCACGUAAACGUUGGCCAAUCUCUGCUUCUGCAGCAGCACAUUCAGUUCCAGCAGCUUCUACUCCUCAAGCUGCUGUCCAAUCUACUGCUAAGCCAGUUGCUACUAAACGCAAAUCAAAGCAGCAGAGUGAGGCCGCCAAAGACAAAGUUCCCCAUGACAUCAGACAACGCUACGUCAACUUGUUCACAGAGGAGCUCCUCAAAACCUCAGCCAAUGUCAAUGAUGCUUUUGAAAAGGCUCUUGCUGAAGAGAAGACUGUGUAUAACCGCAGUAUGAACAAACUCAAAUAUCUCAGUGUUGCAGUGAAUGCUUUAAAGAGGCUGAAGAAUCAAAGUGCUGCGUUUACACGAGAUCAAAAUAAGGUCAACAGCCAAAGCUUUAAGGGCAGAAUUCCACUAAAUCUGGAGGAGAUUGAGGGAAACGCAGAUGACAUGCCCUUUUAUGACAGCUUUAAGGACUAUAUUCUGACUGAGGGAAGAAUGAUUGAGAGCAACUAUCCUCUCCAGCACCCAGAGAAACCUGGUUCUGCUGUGCUUUUUUCUGAGCCUAAGAAAGGAAUCAAAGACCCUCUGAAGAGGAUCUGCUGUCGAUGUGGGGCUACGUACUCUGUGAGCCAAACCGGCAAACACGUCCGUAAGGAGGAGUGUAAUUAUCACUAUGGGAAAGGUGUCAAUAAUCGAGUACCAGGUGGAGUGGAAACCCGCUACAGCUGCUGUGAGGGAGUCAUGGGAGCACCUGGAUGUCAGGUGUUUAAGUUGCAUGUCCACGAUUCCCUCAGCCUGGAUGGAUUUGUAUCAACCUCUGAGGGAAGUUCCUCAGGCAGGAGCUGUCCUGGAGUCUACUCCUUGGAUUGUGAAAUGUGUUAUACCAUUCAUGGUUUGGAGCUGUCCAGAGUGACCGUGGUUAACUCCAGACUGCAAGUCAUUUAUGACACCUUCAUCAGACCUGAUAACGAGGUCAUCGACUAUAACACCAGGUUUUCAGGCAUGAGUGAGGAAGAUGUGAAGGAUACCUACACCUCUCUCAGAGAGGUUCAGGAAACCUUACUGAGCUUCAUCAAUGCAGACACCAUUUUGAUUGGACACAGCCUGGAAACAGACCUCUGUGCCCUGAAGUUGCUUCAUGGAACUGUGGUGGACACAUCAGUGGUCUUCCCCCACCGUCUGGGCCCCCCUCACAAGCUCAGCCUCAACAAGCUCACUGCUGACUACCUCAGGAGGAUCAUCCAACAGAGUGAGUGUGGCCAUGACACUGCAGAAGAUGCCGCUGCCUGCAUGGAGCUUAUGUUAUGGAAGGCCAAAGAAGAUGGAAAACUGAAGAAAUGAUAUAAAUAAGACAUGAUAAUCUUCACCCUGCUCAUAAAGGAAAAAAGAAGCUGUUUGUCACUUAUUUUUGUUGGGCCCUGUUCACUCUAAUCUGAUGACAAUAGAGGGCUAUUUAUUCUUUAAGUUAGAUGUUAUCACUGAGUUCUGUUGGAGAGUUUUCUUUGUUAAACUUUAAUUUGAAGCCCAUAUGUCCUUAUCUGUCAUACAAUGUGUCACUGUAUUAAGAGUGCAAAGGGUGGGAUGUCAUCAGCUUUGACUGAAUAAAGGCAAUCAAUGAAUGCUC